AAGUCAAGUCAAAUAAGAAGGCUGACAGCAAAGAGCAAAGAAAUCAAAGCACGCUCUGCUUGACCAAGAUAACACCCUAGUAGUGCAUAAAAUUCUUGAACACCAGACGUCCAACACUUCCGUGCAGAGUGAUGGCUUUGCUCAAAAAGACACAUCCUUCCAUUACUCUCCCCAUAUUUCUUCUCCAUUUCUGCGCAAUUACAUUUGGUGCGACUGAUACUAUCUCCAGGACCCAACCUCUAUCAGGCGAUAUAACUAUUGUGUCAAAAGAAGGGAAUUUUGAGCUUGGAUUCUUCUCCCCAGGUAAUAAUGGGAACUUUUAUGUUGGUAUCUGGUUCAGGACUAUUUCAAAGAGGACUGUUAUUUGGGUGGCCAAUCGGGAUAUACCUGUUUCAAAUGCUUCAUCUCCAGAACUUGCAAUAACUAUGGAUGGAAAUUUAGUACUCAACUCUCUAGGAGCACCCAUAUGGUCAUCGAAUAGCACAAGGAAGUCAAGUAGAUCUAGCACUGCAGUUCUCCUUGAUAGUGGAAACCUUAUCCUAAGAGAUCAAUACAACUCUUCUGAUAUUUUCUGGCAAAGCUUUGAUCAUCCAACAGACACGGUAGUGAGCGGGCAGUGGUUUGGCAUAGACAAGAUCACGUAUGAAUAUCAGGACAGUGUUUCUUGGAAGAACCAAGAAGAUCCUGCACCAGGUCCUUUCUCCUAUCACGCAGAUCUUGUUACGAUGAGCCAAUAUGUGUCAAUAUGGAAUCACUCGGAAGUUUACUGGCAAUCUGGGAACUGGACAGGCAAAGCAUUCACGUCCAUCCCUGGAAUGCCACUAAAGAGUGACUACAUAUAUGACUUCGUUAACAACAGUCGCGAGCUUAAGUUUCGGUGGACUACGAAGGAUGUGUCAGUAAUCACAAGAGUAAUUCUAAGCAAUAAUGGCCAACUACAACGUCUCACAUGGUCCAAUGAUUCGGAGGAAUGGAUAACAGGGUGGUAUUUUCCUGCAGCUCUAUGUGACGUAUAUUCUGUAUGCGGGCCUUUUGGAGUCUGCAGGACAGGUUCUGAUGAGCAAUGCUUCUGCUUGCCAGGUUUCAGACCAGCUUCCUCAAGAAGUUGGCGUCUUGGAGCAUGGAGUCAAGGAUGUGUUAGGCAAACAGAUAUCCAAUGUGCUGAGUCAAAUAUAUCAAGUGCCAUAAAGGAGAGUGAUGCGUUUCUCAAGAUCACUAACAUCAAGUUUUCACAAAACCCAGUAAAACUGAAAGUCCAAAGCAUGGAGGGGUGCAGAUCUAUAUGCUUGAGUAAUUGCUCUUGCACUGCAUAUGCACACAAGCAGGAUUGCAAUAUCUGGAAUAGUGAACUCUGGGAUCUUAAACAACUACCUAAUGGUAAUACUGAUGGUUCAGAUAUGUAUAUACGUCUUGCAGCAUCUGAUCAUGUAGUUCAAGAUAGCGAAAAAAAGGCACACCAUCUGAGGCUAAUUGUGCUAUUUGCAGUGCUGGGUAGUAUUUUUAUGGCACUAUGUGCUCUUAGCAUAACAGUUAAGAUGUUUCAAAGGACUUCAUCUAGAAAGGCAUUCUCAGAUAAUUACUCUCUCGUCGUCUAUGAUUACUCGUUUUUGCGGCACUGCACAAAGAACUUUUCAGAUAGAGUGGGGCAAGGUAGCUUUGGUUCAGUGUUCAAAGGAUUGCUCCCAGACUCCAAACCGAUAGCUGUCAAGAAGCUUCAAGGCAUGAAACAAGGAGAGAAGCAAUUUCACACCGAGGUGAGGGCUUUAGGGAAAAUUCACCAUAACAAUCUAGUCCACCUCAUUGGGUUCUGCUUGAGAGGGGCUGAAAGGAUGUUGGUGUAUGACUUUAUGGUGAAUGGAUCUUUAGAUGCUCAUCUCUUCAAGGAUGAAAAGAUAUUGGAUUGGAACACCAGAUUUUUAAUUAUUCUAGGUGUUGCAAAGGGAUUACAGUAUCUCCAUGAUGAAUGUCAGGAGUGCAUCAUACAUUGUGAUAUAAAGCCUGAAAACGUACUUCUUGAUGUAAACUUCAGUCCGAAACUGGCUGACUUUGGUCUGGCGAAGCUUAUGGAAAGACAUUUUAGCAGGGCCUUGACAACUAUGAGAGGAACAGCAGGGUAUCUUGCACCAGAGUGGAUUGGAGGUCUGCCCAUAACACCAAAAGCAGAUGUGUACAGCUAUGGAAUGAUGCUAUUUGAGAUCAUUUCGGGCAGAAGGAAUUCAGAAUUGAUGGAGAGCGGAGCCAUAAGGUACUUUCCAGUGUGGGCCGCAAUAAGGAUAAGUGAAGGUGACAUUUCUGAAAUUUUGGAUCCCAGACUAAGUGCCGUGAAUUUUCAAGAGCUAGAGAGAGCAUGCAAGGUUGCAUGCUGGUGCAUUCAGGACAAUGAGGCUCACAGGCCAACCAUGCGACAGAUAGUUCAAAUCCUGCAGGACAUUCAAGAUGUCAGCGCGGCCCCAGUACCGGUAUUUUUAAAACAACUAGUGGAUGGAGAAUACAUUAGCUCAUAACCCUGCAAAUUAUAGCAAUAGCAUUCAUCCAGAACUACAUUGUGAUUUUUGAAAGCACAAGCUGAGUCGAAAUAGAGCAAUGCUCAGCAAUCAUUAUGCUCAUCUACCGCAGUGUAAUUCACUACAGUGUUGUAUCAUUUAAAUUUUACAAUUUUCUUUGAUAUAGAAAUCAUAAAUUAAAAUUUGAGAACA